AUGACUACUCCCACCAAAGAACCCCAGGAAAUCAGCGAGGAGAUGUUCGACGGCCAGACCCCGACCAACAGCGAGACCGUUUGGGUCAAAUGGGACGUUGACAACGGGCGCGACCGGACCAUGGACGUCCCCAUCGGCACCAGCUUCACCCUGGCCGGCUCUCCCAAGAUUCAGGGCAUCGAGAUCAAGGGCCGCAAGGUGACGCUCUACGGCUGGGCUGAUACCUGGCCGAAUGGCAACCCGAGCCUGACUGUCGAAGGACCAACCGGCGGCAAGAAGAAGGUCGAUCCGAAGAGAAGAAUCGGAUCGUACCGCGUCGAGAUCCGUGACUAA